GCGCGGCUCCACGCAGGGGGCGGAGGACGCCGAGGGCGCUCCGCCGGCCUGUGAGAGCCGGCGGGAGGUGCGGAUGAACCGCAUCAGCGUGCUGGCCGUCCAGCUGCGGAAGAGCCUCGCGAAGCCGCGCGGGGCCCUCGUGGAGGGCUGCCUGCCGGGGCUCCCGGCGCGGCCCGAGAACGCCAGCGAGGGGGUAUGGCUCACCGAGCAGAGGCUCUGGCGCCUGCUAGAGAAGCGCAAACAGCUCGACAAGGAGGUGGUGCGGAAUGCGUUUGCCCAGUACGACGCCAACGACAACGGGGUGUCCGUGAG